CCGCUUUCUACCGUCGCCGCUUCCCCUUCGCCUCAACCACUGGCAAUUUUCCACCGCCACCAAUAAGAAAGUGCUGCAAAGAACUUCAUUAUUGUUACUUGUCUAAAGUUCCUCCAUCUCUCUUAAAAAUGACUUUGCUGGAAGUGAUAACAAAGGCUUCGUCUUCAAUUCCAACUCGACCCGACGAAGAAACCGAUUACCCGAUUGUGCUCAACCCGGAGCCGGUUCUCCUCAAGCUGAAGCCCGAGUCUGACGCCCAGCAAGCUCAGAACUCUGUGAAAAAGGUAACCGGCUGGGAAAUUUCGCAAACAGAUAAUGAGCAUAUCGAAUUAGGGCACAAAUUCUGCAAGGACCUGAGGAGGAAAUUGAAAAACACGAAUUCCUUUGGUAAAUCCAAGUUCGUGGGAAUGGUUACUUCGCAUUUGGAGAAUCUCGCAAGUAAAGUUGGGGUUUAUAUUGCUGCUGAAAAAACAGAGUAUGUCUGUAAAUUGGUGGAGAAAUUGGGGCUUUUUAUGGGUAGGGAUGUUAAGGGUUUGAUUUUGGAGGGCUGUAUUAGUUUGGAGGUUUGGGAUGUGUUGGGUAGUUCAAUAGCUAAUGGGGUUGUUGAACAUGCUUCUACGUCGAACUUGGUUCAUAAGUUGAUCGAGAAAAGGAGGUCGGAUUUGGUUGUUUUGUGCGUGAAACACUUGUUGGACCUGCAGGCUUAUGAUUUGAUGUGCAUUUUGAAGUAUUUCUUGAUGCUGCCUAGUGAAGGGUAUAGAAGCCUGUCGAGUGUGAGGGAGGAUUGGGAGAGGCAAGCGUCGUUGGCGAUUGAGAAAGCGAGUGGUAAGGGCAUUAAUGGGGAAAAUAAGAGCUUGGCGAAGGAUGCUGCGGUCUUGAUCAUGUUGGGACAUGAUGGAUUCUCGGUGUCUGAGCUGUGCUUGCAUUAUUUUCUCGCGUCUGCAAAUCUUGAUGAGGUUAUUUUUGCAGCUUGUGUGAGUAAGUUGAAUGGUGAGGAGUUGAAGGCUUUGAUUCAGUACUUUGGGAAGUGGCUGAGGAAGUAUGAGAGGUUUCCUCAAGCUGGUCCUUGUGCUGGAUCAUCUGCAUUGGGUUUAACGGUUUGUGAUUGGAUUCCGAGUCUUGGAAGCGUUGUCAAAUAUUUUGGUGUUGUUGUGGAUGAGCAUUUUUCGUCUUUGGUUUUGCAUUCUGAGUUCCAUGAGCUGAGAUCCUUGGAAGAAGUUGUUGGUUCCUUAGCUAUUGAGGCCAGGCUUUGUGGUACUUUGGAAAAAUUGAGUGAGAGGUUGAUAAUCGAGCGCCAAGCAUACCACAAUGAUUCUAUGGGGAAUUUCGCAUUUUGAAGACGUUACAAGAGAUUUCAGUUUUGGCAUUGCAUGGAGCUCUGGAGCAAUCCUUCGCCUCUCCUUUCAGUGGAGAAGAUUUUAAUUCCUUAAAUCCUAUGGAUCUCCUCGUUUAAUUUUUUUGGUUUCAUUUUAUAUUCCAACUAUGUAAUGGAGUAGUAUUAUGCAUGAGGAAAAGCUUUGAAGAAUGGAUAUGCCUCAUUUGUUAGUUUCA